GCACUGCCUGCCGGCACUCAGCUGUUGCGUUGUUUUGUUGUGACAAAUAUACAAUUUAUUUUAACAUUUGUGUUAAUUUUCAAGAAAUGUGUGCUGAUUAAACAAAUUCAUUGUUACUGAAACAAAAUGUCGACGCCACUGGAACAGCAAACAGAUGAGCGCGAAGCUUUGCAGUCCAUUUACGAGGGGGAUGAUAAUUUCAAGGAAAUCGACUUGACAACAUAUCAAUAUAAAUAUGGCGAAGAGGACAACUACAAGUCGUUUCUCGUGGAGCUGAAAUGGGGCGAAAACUAUCCCGACGAGGCGCCCACGAUUAACAUGAACACCUUCUACAAUCGUAAUCUCUUGCCCGCCGUAAAGGAGGAAAUACAGACGGCACUCACAACGGAGGCUUCACAGUGGUUGGGCUGUGGCAUGACUUACACGCUCUUUGAAUGCUUAAAGGACAACCUUGAGCAGCUCACGGCCGGACAGCCAGAAACUGCUCCCACGAUGGCUGUAGUUGAUGAUGGGGUUGGAGCGCUUAAGAUCUCCGAUGUCGAUGCGGAUGCUAAGCGAAAGGAGCCGAAAAAAGAACAACUGACAAAAUCGCAAAAGCGUCGUCAAUGGGAACGAACUGAUCACAAGGGCGAGCGAGCACGUGGCUGGGAUUGGGUUGAUAUUGUUAAGCAUUUGUCGCAAACGGGCAGCAAGGAGGAUGCUGCAUCACUUAUGGACAGUGCAGCCGCUAGUCCAGUGUUGCACCCCUUGAAUACUUAAGAAGGCAACAGCUGCCAACCAACUAAGUAGUUAUUUUAUUUACGACAAUAGCAACAACAACAGCAAUCUUAUGAAUUCAAUCAAAAGUCAAAUAUAUCUGAUUUGUUCUCAAGUGUUCCAUUAAAGCCGAUCAAUUUACACACG